CACAACACGCACACCAACACGAGCAGCCGGUCAGCGGAAAAGUUUCUAGAACGUCGAACUCGAACUCCCAUCAAAGAGUCUAUUGAAAAGCAGCCCAUUUAACAGACAAUUAUUUUAAUCUGUGCCGUUGUGUUCACAAAGCACGUAUUUUUUCAAUUCAGAACGUUCCAGAAAUAGAAACCCAACGCAUUUGCCAAGGAAACGUGGCCCAAAACUGAGCAACCCCUAACAAAUAGAAACAAACAAAUCUAAACCCGCCGAAGUGAUAAGAAAAUUUUAUUUGUGUAGUAAAAGUGCCGAGAAGAGAAGAGGAGACCGAAGAGAUCCCUCCGUGAGUGAAGUGUGCCAGUGAGCUAUGUCCGCAUCCAGAUCGCGUAAUAAACAAUCCAAACUUUGUGACGAUGAGCGGCUCGACAUAAGCAAGGACGAGUUCAACCGAUUCCAGGAGGCCUUUGGCCAGGAGGAGUUCCGCAAGCUCUUCUUCGACUACGUGGACGAGAUCCAGGACCCUGAGAACCGCAAGAUCUACGAGGCGGAGAUCACGCAGCUGGAGAAGGAGCGUGGCGUAGAAGUGAGGUUCAUUCACCCGAAGCCGGGAUUCGUGAUCAAGACCGCUCUAGAUGGCGAGCUCAAGUGCUUCAUUAACAUCGCUAGCUCUGAGGAGAUCGAGAGGCCCAAAAACGAGGUGGCCACAGAUCCGUCGAGUGGCAGCCGUGGCCUGAGCUGGUCCAUUCCGAUGGCCCAGACCACGUCGCGCGAUGACUUCGAUGCGAAAAACAACCACUGCAAGGUGUUCGACGUCGUCUUCCAUCCCGACGCCCUUCACCUGGCCAUGCGGAACAAGCAGUUCCGCCAAUGCCUCAUCGAUACGGCACUGGACGCAGUCGAGCGCGAGUACAAGGUCUCGCUGGAUCGCGCCAACCUCAAGUUCCCCAAGCUGGACUACAAGGGUAUCCCCCGUCCCACUGUGAUACGCAAGAUGUCAGAUAAUCCCACGGCCGAGGAGCAGGAGCCACAUCCGCUGGCGCACAUGUUCCCCACAAAGCCACCCGCUCCGGGGAAACCAGAGCCCCGCGUACUGCCCAUGAAAACGAAGCCCACUCCGGUGCCGGAGUUCACGGUGCCCAGGUAUACGAUCAAGCACAGCCACGACGUGGACUUGUCCGAGUACACGGACGAGCUGGAUGCCAAGCUGCACGUGACCGUUCCUCGCUCUCUUGUCGUGGAGAUCGAGCUUCCCCUGCUCCGUUCGACAGCCGAGUGCCAACUGGACGUCACCUCCAAGUCCGUAUACCUGUUCAGCGAGCGCCAGGGCGCCAAGUACCGCCUGAAGCUGGACCUGCCCUUCAUCGUGGACGACAAGGAGGGCCGGGCCCGCUUCGACACUGAUAUGCGUCGUUUGAGCAUCACGUUACCUGUGGUCCGGAAGAGCAUCCAGGAGCAAGCCCAGAUGCACGAAACCUUGCGCCACUUCAGUCGCGAGGACAGCGGCGUGGAGCUGCACUCCAAUAGCGAAUCGCCUGUGGAGGAAGAUCCUGAUGGCGAACUCAGCGAUUCCAAGGCGGAUAUCUCCGAGACUUCCUCGCCGACUGUCGUGCGCAAGGCCAACAGCCCGUUCCUGAAGAGCUCCGUGCACUACCAACUGCCCAGCAAGUUCGACUGCAACGUGCUGGACAAUGUGAUGGCCUUUGUGCUGCACGUGCCCAACGUUCAACCGGACUCCAUUGAGCAGUUGAGGGAGCAGCGGAGCCUGCACCUCAAGUUCGCCACCAUCGGCAGUGGCUACUAUCCCACCCACUACGCCUUCUACGUGGAACUGUCGGCGGAUCAUGAGGAUUCCGCCAUCGAGAGUGCUGAGGCAGAGGCCUGGGACAACAAUGUGGUGCUUAAGCUGUGUCUGAAUUCGCAGAGCGAGACUCCGGCUGGCUAUCUGGCCGGUCUAGAUGCCACGGAGCUCAAAGAGUACCCAGUUAAUGGGCAGUACCAUGUGAAGAGCAAGGGAAAGGUUAGCGCAAAGAAGGAGAAUGCUCCGCUCGAUGUCCAAUUCGAGCGCAACCAGGAGGGCCAUGCCCUGAAGAUUACCAUUCGCCCCGGCACAAAGGAGGAGGAGGAGGAAGAAGAUAAGGAGAACCAGGACCAAAAGCCAGAAAGCGACCAACAGCAGCAGCAACAGGUGCAGAACAAGAAGUCCGGCAAGAAGCAACGGAAGAGGAACAAGAAGGAGCGCUCCCUAUCCGAAUCUGCCUGCGCAGAUAUGAUCAUCCAGGAGCCACUGUCUAAAAGUAAUGAGCUUCAGCCGAGGGCCACGUUUAAGUUGCCGCCGCAGCGCAAGCAACGCAGCUACUCGGAGAGCAACGAUAGCAUCGGCCGCUCUCAUCGCGGCAUCCUCAAGCGUUUCAGCCGCUACGGGCCCCGACCCUCGAUGUCGGACAGCUGCUCGUCCAUUGACGAUUCCUCCUCGUACUCGUGCUCCGUGGACGCAUCCGGAGCCUCGCUGUUCUCUCAAUCAUUCGGCGGCAUUCCCGAGGAGGAUCGUUCGGAUGCCGGGCUCUCGGAGAGCUGCAAGAAGACUGUUAGAUUUAACGAUCACAUCAUGAAGCAAGUGUUCCGACUUGACUCCAGCAUCCUGGGUCAGCGCAAGAAGAACCAGAAGCGACGCGAUCUCAAGCUGCGGGCUCAGCAGCGUCGCCUCAGCGAGGGCGAUUCCGUCGACUACGAGGAAACCCGGGGCUCUGCCCUCAAGCAGAAAGAAAAUCCAUCAAGGAACUGCACCGAUAGCGGACUGGAUCUCACUGGAGCAGCAGGUGCCCACAGCAACAACAAUGAAUCGGAUGCUAAGAACGCCAUGAUGUUUGAAAUGGAUGAUUAGGAUGUUAUUUAAACCAUAAAUAUAUUCAUAUUUUUUGAGUGGUUUAGUGGCAUGUUUUCAAGGUUUUUAAAUGCUACUACAUAUACGUUAACUAACGCAAGGUUUUUUUUUUUAUAUUUCUACUGUAAUUCCUUUUGUAUCGAGGCAAAUUGCUCAAUUGGAAGUAUACAAAUUUGUAUUUAGGCAACACGAAUCAGGGCUAAAUCAGAAAUCAAAAUGUUCAUUACAUCAAAUACUAAGUGUUAUGUAAUUCGGUUAAUCAUUGAAACUGUUAAAACGCAAGAUGAAAUCCUACGCGGAACUGAAAAAACCUAUUAUUAUAGAUCGAUAAUUUCAUAUUCAUUCUCAUUGAAGAACACACAACACGGAUGUCUUACAAGUUAGCAAACUACAAGUUUUAAGUGAACAUUAAAACGCUCGUUUAUUGGCUCCAUGCUCAGCUCACAUAACAAUCAUAACGCGAUAAAAAUAAACAAUAUCAAUAGUUAACAA